AUGCCCUCAGCCGACCUCGCUGCCCUUCUCUCAGCCCCUAUGUUCCAGCCCCUUCCCCUCUCCUCCAUAAGAUCCUACCUCUCUUCAGCCCCAUGGCACCAGAUCCCUGGAACAUUCAACUUUCGCGGAGUCUCCUACCCACCGUUUGUGAAAGAAAGGUUUAUCUACCGCUCUGGAAUGCUGAGCCUGCUUCCUGAAAACGAGAAUAAAGAAAUUGUGAAUUUCUUGGGUGUCAAGGCGAUUUUUGAUCUCAGGUCUAAGGGGGAGAGAGAGGCGGACCCUGAGCCGGAACUUGAUGGAGCAGAGAGUAUUUGGGCAGAGAAUGGGGGAGACGGAGAGGUGGAGUGGAGGACGCUAGUAAAAAUGUACUUCUCCUUCCUCACAACACACCGAGCAAUUUUUCGGGAAAUAUUCUUGCAUGUUCUUCGGAAUCCAAAUCAGCCUUUCUUGGUCCACUGUACAGCCGGCAAGGACCGUACAGCAGUCGCCAUCAGCCUCCUGCUCUCUCUCGCUGGUGUCCCGCAGGAAGCGAUAACGCACGACUAUGUAUUGACGAGAAUUGGUGUUGAGCCUGUACGAGAUAUUUUACUGGCUAAAAUGACUGGAGAGGGGGAAGUGGAUUGGGAUAGUGAGGUUAUGAAGAUAGUUGCUGGGUGCGAGGCGAAUGCUAUGGUUAGUUUCCUAGAAAAGUUGGAGAAGAGUUUCAAGGGAGGAGCCGAAGGGUAUGUGGUGAACGAACUUGGGUUCAGCAUAGAGGAAGUUGAAGAUAUCAGACAGAACCUGAGGAACGAUGUCCUUUAA